AAAAUCAGUCAACGUCUAGACUUCACGUUGUUAUUGUGGCUUCUCUUGUUAUUAUACUUUUCCUCUACAGACAAUUGUAUUUAUAUCAACAAUGUGUGUAGUUAACAUUCGUGCUGUGUUUUCCUUAACUCUUUAAAUGUCAAGUUAGAAGUUAAUACUGAUCCUAAAACUACACAAAUUUGGGAUGAGUUCCAGGAUGUCUCGCAAGCCAGUGACGAAGAAGAUAAUAAACACCCCGGAGAGCUGCGUGGACGACAAUCUGCGAGGGGUGGUGGCGACCUACCCCAUGCUGCAGCUGCACCCCAAGCACCGCGUCAUCACCGUCAGGACCAAGGUAGAUUCGAAACGAGUUGCAGUUCUAGGAGGUGGCGGUUCGGGCCAUGAACCUUUUGCAGGAGGUCUGGUGGGGAACGGCAUGCUGGAUGGCGCGGUGGCGGGCAGCGUGUUCGCGUCCCCACCCACGGGGCACGUGCUUUACGGGAUUGCCCAGCUCUACAAAUACAAUUCCGGUGGCGUGAUUGUUAUAAUUGGAAAUUACACUGGAGACAGGCUGAACUUCGGGAAAGCUAUAGAAAAGGCAAAGAUCGCUGGCUUAAAGGUGGAAGGUCUUAUCGUUGGGGAAGAUGUGGCCUCGAGUCAUAAUAAAACAGGAGGAAGGAGCAUGUGUGGAGAAGUCUACUUUUACAAGCUGUGCGGAGCUAUGGCGGAGAAGGGUUAUGACUUGGCUUCCAUACGGAAAAUAGCCGCCGAAGCCAACGAGUCCAUGGCCACCCUAGGAGUGUGCCUGAGUGCUUGUUCAUUGCCAGGUCAACCGCCGCUGUUCGAGAUAGCUGAUGAUGAGAUGGAGCUGGGCGCGGGAGUGCACGGUGAAGCGGGAAUCAAGAAGAUGAAGAUGGGAACAGCCAAAGAAACUGUCUCCAUGAUACUCGACCAGAUUAUUGCACAUCUUAAACUGAAGUCUGGAGAUAGAGUAGCUGUCAUGAUCGAUAAUUUGGGAGGCACCUCGUUCAUGGAGAUGAACAUCAUCAGUGCCGAAACAAAGGAUUAUUUAGAAAGCAAGAAAAUCGUAGUGGAACGGAUAUACUCCGGGCACGUGAAGACCUCGCUAGAGAUGCACGGCUUCCAGAUUUGCCUGCUGCACUUAAACCAGACGCGAGGGGACCUUUGGUUGGAGCUGCUGGACGCGCCGACUGCGGCUGUGGGCUGGAUAGGCGGUGCUAUGUCCAGACGCUGCGAUGAGCCACAUGAGGAUGAUGAUACGCUGCUGCAGAGCGAUGCUACGAAGGCUGCAACUGGCCCGUCGUUAUCAUCUACACAACAAAAACUGUUCAAGAGUAGCCUUACGAAGGCAGCCGAAGAAAUGGUCAAACAAGAAGAACUGCUAAACAGGCUAGACUCAGGCUGCGGAGAUGGAGACUGUGGAAUAACGAUCAAAAAAUUUGCAUUAGCAAUUCUAUCAUACCUGAAAACGGCAUCAGUAGAGUACCCUUGCAACGUGUUGUGGGAGCUCUCGGAGAUCGCAGAAACCGACAUGGGUGGCACGUCGGGUGGAAUCUACAGUUUGGGCCUUUCAGCAGCAUCACAGUCUUUUGCCAGUGCUAACGUAGUAGACGCGACGUCCUGGCUGACGGCGUGGGAGGCCGCCAUGCACGCCAUCUCUACGUAUGGCGGCGCUGAGCCUGGAGACAGGACUAUGUUGGAUACUCUCCACGCGGCUGCUACGGCGUUCAAGCAAAGCCUGCCAAAGGGCUUGAAGACAGCGCUUGCGCAGGCCGACGAGGCUGCAGAGAAAGGCGCGCGCGCCACCGCUGGUAUGACUGCCAGAGCGGGACGCGCGUCGUACGUGGCAGCUGGUUACACGAGCGACGAGGACGCAGGCGCACGCGGCGCGGCUGUGUGGCUGCACUCCAUUCUCACCUCUAUUGCUCAUACAUGCUGAAUUUACAUUU